AUGCUUCGGGUCUUUAACAGCUGGGAUCCAAUGAAAAGAUUACAGCUCCUCAGGUGGAGCGGCUCGGUCCUUUCGCCGCGAUUAUCGAAUUCUAGCAGCACACGACAGUUUUUCCUGACCGUUAUACGACAGCAAUCUUCUGCUUCUGCCCCUCUCCUCUCAGAAUCGGAACAAAAUAUUGAUAAUGAUUUCUCCAAUAUACAGGGUUCCUCACAGAACCCAUCCAUGCCGUCCCCCCCACAAGAAGCGGCCUUAAGAUCCGCCAAACUAUCAGCUCUACACUCCCGACUCUCUCUACCUGAGCGAUUGCCGCUUCAAACUCUUGCUAGAACACUAGUUGAUCAUUCGGCGGACCCCUCUUUACAGUUCAACAACCACUCCUUAUCCGUACUAGGCACUCACCUUCUCUCUUACUAUACCUCCGAACACAUCAUCUCCACCUAUCCGCGGCUCCCGAUGGGCGUGAUCUGGGCAUCUAUGUGGGCAUACAUUGGACCAAAAGCGCUGGCAACUAUAAGUAAAGAAUGGGGUAUUGAGCAUGCUGCUGAGCCUGGCAGUGAAGUUGACCCCGGUCUUCUCCAAUUCAAGAGGUUGCCUCCGGGGUCGAAACCUUCCGAUUCAGAACGGGGUGGACGCCCUAUGAAACGCGGUAUAAGUGGGCGAAUCGUGUAUGACAACAUGUUCGGCGAAGCUCGACAGUUGGAUCCAAAAUUCAGUUCUGAAGGAGUCACAAUGACGCACGCUACCGCCACAUUCGUCCAAGCCCUUAUCGGCGCAAUAUAUCUACAUUGCGGCCGACCGGUAGUAAAGGAAUUUUUCAAAGAACACUUUAUGAGUCGCCAGCUUCCUAUAGCUGAUCUAUUUAGUUUCUCUCAGCCCACGAGAGAUCUAAGCAAAUUAUGUGCCCGAGAAGCCUUCGAACCUCCCGUCGCAAAAAUUAUUAGUGAAACAGGUCGACACAGCAGACAUCCAGUUUUCGUCGUGGGAAUAUAUUCAGGGAAUGAUCAGCUGGGCGAGGGAUCCGGUGCGAGUUUAAGCGAGGCUCGUUUUAGAGCGGCAGCUGCAGCUCUCAAGGGUUGGUAUUUAUACAGCCCCCUAAAUGUCAGAGUACCGAGUUCGACAGAAGAAAUAGACGCCACACCAUGGGAACCGGCAAUGGUGGAUCCCGGAGAAAUUAUUGUAUAA